GCUCCUGAUGCUGCUUACGGACCGGGAUCGAUCGUUCGGGAUCAGCCAUGGGUCGGCAGCGGCUGCCCACGCCACCGAAGUCGCUGCGGCGCCCGCGACCGCCGACGAAGACGUCGACGCCGCCUCGGUCAAUUCCACAGAAUAAAACCAAAUUCCCACGAAACAGUUAGAGUUAUGAAUUAGCCGCCCUCAUCUGCAGUUACGCAUAUGAACAUCAAUUAUAAAUCAUAGACUCAAAUUGCUCUAAAAAAUCAUCACCUUUUACUAGCACAUACAAUUACUAUUAUUCAAAUUGCAUCAGUUGGCUGUAAUUAUAAAGGACGAAGUUAUGAUCCAGGUUCAUUAGUUAAUACAGACCAACCAUGCUUAAAAUGUACGUGUGUUACCGGAAGUUUAGUAUGCCAUUUGCAAGUAUGUCCAGAAUUACCAGAUCCACCACCUCAGGGAUGUGUGAUUGUCCACAAGAAAAACAAAUGUUGUGCUCACCUUCAAUGUUUUUAUGAAGAAUUUGAUGCUGUUCAUUCCAAACUCUUUUCAUUGCAAAAUCGGUCUGGACCCGCAAGGAUGGACAAUUCUGCAAUUAUGACAUUUGAUGGUUUACCUAAAGGAUGUGUGAUAAACGGUACAAUUUACGCGGAAGGUUCGGCGAUGGACAGUUCCAGUCUGUGUGAAUAUUGUUACUGCAUCAAAGGGCAUCAACAGUGUGUACGGCCCCAAUGUUCUUUAACUAUUCCUGGCUGUACAGCUGUACACAAAAAACACACUUGUUGCCCAAUUAGAUACAAAUGUUCACAAAAUGCACAGAUAAAAAAUACAACAGAUACGGCAACCACUGAAAUGGCUUCCUCCUUAUCCGCCAGACUUAAAGAUUGUCGCAUAAACGGUCGGCUAAUAUCACUGGGAGAGCCCGUGAUUGGCGUGGCGCGGUCGUCGUGCGAAACUUGUUUCUGCAUCAACGGUCAGGUGCGAUGUGACAAGGUGAUAUGUCCGCCAAUCCGCGCCCAAAUAUCGCCCAAUUGCGGACCGGUCUACUCGGAAGGGCACUGCUGCCCGACGAGCUACAACUGCACCAGCACGACUAGCAGCAACGAGUCUCACGUCAGUCCAACUGUCACUCCUACGACAACGACUUCUAUUGGUGCUGUUGCGACAACGCUGUCGUCCACCGUAACUGUUGAUGAUGAUGUUCUGCUCAGUAGUUCGUCACCGCCUUCGCCACCGCAGACGCCUACGGUGGGCCAGUUGUUAUUAGAGAUAGAUAGUGUACCAUCCAGUAUCACAGUAGAUUCAAAGAAUACGACCGAUGAAAUUACAGAAGAACCCAUAGAAUCGAGACAUGGUAAUCCUGCUAGUUUAAUGCAUGAUGACUUUGGUGGAUUGAAUGUCACUGAAAAAUCAAACAACUUUGAAAUGGAUUAUGAUGAUCCAACAUUACCGCCAUCUUUACCAAACCUCAAAAUCAUACCAUUCGUUGCAGCGGAUGCAGUUGUUGAUGAACCUGUUGGGGCUUAUGAAAACUAUCAGCCGGUGGUAGAACGUGUAUACAAUGUUUCAGACGUUGAAGAACCUCCUUUGCCCGUUGUUAAUAGUUUUUCUCCGCCAAUUGAAACUGAGGGUGGAUUCAUUCCAAAAGAUUCUCCUAAUAGUGCGAUAUAUACAUCUGACAAAUUUCGAAAGACAACGACAACGGAACAACCCAUUAUUCACCACGACGAACCUAUUGUAGGACACCAAUCAACAGGAUCAGUGUGGUGCUUAUCCAAUGGUAAGAAGUACAAACACGGCGAGUUACUGACCGAUCCAAGUGCUUGCAACAUAUGUAUUUGUUUCAACGCCAAAAUUGUAUGCCAAGAAAAUUGUCCAGCCGUAAAAGUAGGCUGCCAACGAAUCAAUGACCCGAACAAUAGCACUUGCUGUGGCCGUAUCGUAUGCAAUGAAUAUGAAAAUGAUAUUACUACGGAACAGUCGGAACACAUGAAGCAGAUUGAAGUAACGUCUGAAACAAGUACAACUACAACCACAAUGAAUGUCAGAGAUGCUGUUAUUGAACAUAUUUUUUCUUCUACACCACCAACUGAUAAAUCGGUUAUAACUUUGUCUCCAACUACUUUAAAAUCAUUCCACGAGUCUACUGAAACGUCUUCGUUAAAACCGAUCACAACCACUACUGUUAAGUUGAUUGAGAAUUUACCUCCAACCACUGAAAAAUCAAAAAUCAUUUCUUCAACUUUAGCAACUAUUAAGCGCACAGAAGUUACAACAUUUGUACCUAAACCACUCGAAGACGAAGAUUAUAGUUUUGAAAGUAUGUUUUCAUUUUUAUUCAGUGGCGAUACGCCCGAACAAUCAUCGCCUCCGCCUUCGCUGCCCUCUUCCACAAAUUACAUGGAACCAGAGACUCGCAUUGAGCAUCGAACAGAUGACGAAAUAGAUGAGAAAAUUCAUUUGAUUGAUAACAAGCAUGAUGGACAAACCGACUUCGUGUCACACCCUAAACAACAGCAUAAACCUAUUUUAAAUUCAGGUACUGAAAUACACUCAUCUGCAGAAGAUAAACAUAAUAAAAUUGAGCCCCAGGAAGUAUACAAGCCUGUAGAAUUUAAACCAAAUACUGAAAUUAAACAACAAGAUAACGACAAGCUGAAUUCCGAAACUAAAUAUUUCAUCGAUAACAAGUCACCACAAUCAGGAAUCAAGCAACACGUUGACGUUAAAUCACACCAAGAAAUUAAACCAAAUGCCACUUCAACGGGUAUUAAACAACAAGCCGAGGUUAAAACACAUUUCGAUGUUAAAGAAAAUGUUCAGGUCACAUCACCAUUUAAUUUAAAUCUUUAUGAUGAAGUUAAACCAUUAUAUCACGACUUUAGUAACCACCAAACUGAAGUCAAAUCACAUUUCAGCGUGAAAGAUAACCCUAAACACAAAAUACAUACUGAUUCAAAGUUUCAAUCUGAUGACAAAACGUAUGCCGACUUUAAGCAUCAAAGUGAUAUCAAUACACAUUUCGACGUCAAAGAGCAAGUUGCAGUCAAACCAUAUUUCGACUUUAAACAACAGACAGAAGUUAAGCAGCAUUCCAACUAUAAGCAACAGGUGGAUGUCGGUUUACAAUCUGAAUUCAAGCAGCAGACCGAAGUAAAAUCAAAUACUGCGAAAACACCACUGAAAACUAAAGUUGAUUCUGAGUUCAAUUUAUUGGCUUCCUUGCUGAAGAUAUCUGGUUGUAAUAUAUACGGCCGUAUGUACCGAGUGGGAAAAAUAAUUUCCGAACUAUCCAACCCAUGUUUAGAGUGUAUGUGUACGGAAAUCGGAGUACAUUGUAAUCAAUUGAAAUGUUGAUACAGGCUAUAUGUAAAUCAAAAGAACUAUAUUGGUCAUAAACUCAUAAAUAAUACAAAUGCAUAAAAGUAUUUAUGCGAUUUUAUUAAUACCUACCCAAUUUUCACCAUGCAUAAUUUGCCACCAUUUGGUUAGCAAAAAUAUAAUUGGUUUUUGUAUAAAAAAAUUUGUAAUUGAUAAGAUUAGAAGAUGCAUAAAUAAUUGUUAAGUUUUGUUUUGUAUAACAAAAUAAAAUAAGUUAAAUUAUUCAAACGUCAUAAUAUGUUUGAAGUUUUGACAGUUUCGGUGUAAUAAAGUAAAUCGAUAGCCUGUAAACAUUGUGAUCUCUUGUCAGUUAAUCAAAUAUUUAUAAAUAGAUACAUUUAAACAUUAUGUAUAAGGACACGUUAAGGAUCGUGACAUUUUUUAUUUUAUCAUAGAUUUAAAUUUAAAAUAUACUAUAUAAUUAGUAUACAGUUAUACAUUUUUUAUAUUCAUACAUUUUUAAAUAUUAACUUUUAAAAUCAAAUCAAAUUAGUUUAAUUAAUUAUGUUAGCCAAAUAUUUGAUAUUGUUGACUGUUGAACAUGAUAAUACGUACCUAAGUUAUUUUAAUGUUUUAGAUACACUAUUUUUAAAGUAUUUAAAAACUAUAAAUAGUUCUAAAUAAUUUAGCUUGUAUAAAUAAAUGGCUAAUUCUAGAACAUGUACGCAAUCGUGUAUAACAACCGUUAAAUAUAAUACCAUACAUUAGUCAAUGAUUACAAUAUGUUUAAAAAAAAAUGUAUUAUAAUAAAAAUAUUUUAAAAUGAAUAAUUAAUAAGAAAAACUUAAUUUGUUUAAGCAUUUAACGAUCAGUGAACAGUUUCGAGUUAAACAUUAGCAAGACAUUUUUGUAAUUGAAUAUAUUUUCGUAAGUACCUAAUACGAUAUGAUGUUUAACUUUAAAUUUAAAUAUUUUAUUACAAGCUUUAUUAUUUUAUAUUUAAUUAAUAUGUGGUAAGUUAAUAUUAUUGAUUAUUAUUAUCAUUUGAGGAAACUUGAA